GUCACAAUCAUUUCCCAUUUCAAUUCCCUCAAUAAAAAGCCCAUAAUCCAUCCUAACAGCUUCAGAAAACACACUAGUUGUUUCAAACACACUCCAUACUGAAAAACAUAGUCCAAGCAAAAUGUUGAAGCCUCUUCUCUCACCACUCUCUCUUCUGGUGCUGUUCUUCUUCCUCCAUUGCACCACGACUUUCGCUCAAUCCCCUGCACAAUCUCCGGCACCAUCAGCUCCAACCAACAUCACUUCAAUCUUUGAGAAGGCCGGCCAAUUUACUACUCUGAUUCGGCUACUAAAAAGCACCCAGGUGGGUGAUCAACUCAACACACAGCUGAAAAACUCGAACCAAGGCCUAACUAUAUUUGCACCAACUGAUAAUGCCUUUGCUAACCUAAAAUCAGGCACUCUCAACUCACUCAGUGAUCAGCAAAAAGUCCAGCUAAUACAAUUUCAUAUCCUCCCUUCUUUCCUCUCCAUGUCUCAGUUCCAAACUGUUAGCAACCCAGUGCGUACACAGGCCGGUGAUAGUCAGUCCCCACUAAAUGUCACCACGUCAGGGAAUCAAGUGAACAUAACAACUGGGGUUGUCAAUGCAGCAGUGGCCAACACAAUAUAUACAGAUACCAAGCUAGCUGUGUAUCAGGUGGAUCAGGUACUCCUUCCAUUGGAUCUUUUCGGGACUCCAGCACCGGCUCCAUCAAAGCCCAGAAAGAAAGCUUCUGAUGCUUCUUCAAGUUCUGAUGAUGGUGAUAAUUCUGCUGAUUCUUCUCCUGCUAUCUGUCUGAAUCAUGGCGGGCUAAAUGUCAUAUUCUUUACAGUUUCAGUUACUGCAGCACUUCUUUUAUGCUUAUGAGUUUGAGAGUAACUGAUGGUGAUUGGAUUUUUGUACUAAUGCUGCUAUGAUCUUCAUUAAAUUAAAUCAUUUCCUUCAAAUAUAAA